GACUAUUAUGCCAUACUCAGUGCUUUUCAUGUUCCUUCAACCAAACCAAUGGUUUGGAGGAACUUUUGGGACAGUCACGUGCAAAGCGUUUUUCUACGUCAUGCCUGUUUCAAUUGCUGCAUCCGUGACAACGAUGGUGGUCAUUUCUCUGGAUCGAUUUUGGGCCAUCUAUUUCCCACUCAAUCAGGCCGUUUUCCAGAAGCAUAAAACAGUGAUAGCGGCGAUAUGGCUCAUUUCUUUGAUUUCCGCGACGCCAUAUUUGUUACUAUACAAAGUUUUCAACGUAGGGGAGCACUCCUAUUGUGUUCAAGACUGGCCUUGGGCAGAUAACCCGAUGGACAAUUUUUUGGCCGUGCGGACAUUCCACGUUGUGUUAUUUUUUUUGCUCUAUCCCGUCCCCCUCUCCAUUAUAACCGUACUCAACAGCAUCAUUGGUUGCCGUUUGUGGUUUCACAGGAUACCAGGAAGUAUCCCUAGUGCUCCAAGGACACCCGUUGAACUCUCAAGGCGGAAAGUUGUCAAAAUGUUAGUCGUAAUUGUCUUGACCUUUGCGCUGUGUUGGUUACCUACACAUGUGAUGCAUUACCUCAUGUUUUUUGAACAGGCCCAAAUUACCGCGUUGACAGCGCAUUUGCUUUAUUGGGUGUCGCAUGCAAACAGUGCGAUAAAUCCUUUGUUAUACAUCGCCUUCAACAGAGCUUUUCGUUUGGCAUUUAUGGAUGCCUAUGUUGCAAUGGUCAUGUGUCCUGUACACGCAGUCAGUGCAUGUGUAGGGUACAUCUCUGGAGAGCAAUCCGUGCCGGAACUGCAAACAAGUGAGCGUCUUGUGGUACUCCGGCAGAAAGCGCACUCGUUUCGCGUUGCACCUUCUUCAGAACGUGCACAAGACAAUGAAAAGGUGAACUAUGACACUUUAUAUUUUAAGAUGAAUCAAAAAAAGGACCAUUAUAAUUUCUCAUUGAUUGACAUAUAUAUAACGAUUGUGUCUAGUUGAUUAAGGCUUUUUCUGUUUUACGUCCUGAUUUCCCCAACCAACUAGAAGAUUAUUCCAAAUUUUCCGGAGUUAGUUAAGUCUAGUUAGGUAACACUGAUGAAAUUAAAAAUGACAAUUUCUCCAAUGUUAGGGGGUUUAUACGAACUAGUAUUCAUUGAUGUGAAAGCGAAGAUGCCCUUGUGUUCAAUGUACUUCGGCUGCAGAAUUAUGGCGUUUAAGUUACGAUUUACUUUGACAAAACUUUCG